CUAGCAGCCCUAGUAGAUAUUCAUAUUAGACAUUGCAGAGGAAGUGAUGAAAUAUGACAUCACUUCCAGUUGACAAAAGAUUCUAAUUGGAAUGUGCUGUCAAUUCCUGGAGGUUUGCUGGUGGUCAUGAUGGUCAUGAUGAUGGUUGAUUUGUUUUUAUAUUCUGCUGUACAUUUUGUUACCCUGGGGCUGAUAAAAACAUUGGUGUUAUGGUACUUUUAUUUGUUUUAAAAUGUAUUUCCACUUCAAGAAUAAGAGCUCAACUGAUUGCUUACAUAUUUCAGUUACAUAGGAUGCAGACAGACAAGAUUGUACUUGGUUAGCUGUAGUGAUGAGUGUAAUUUCUUGCCAAGUUUCACCAUGAAAAUGACUUCUGUAGACUCCAAUGAAUGAAAGAAAUUGUUGCACGGCGAAAUUUUUUUAUUGCCUAUGGCAUUUCGGUGAAUUUUCAGCGUUUCGCAAAUUUUCGGCAAAACAAAGCGGCCCAGAUUCUCCCGUUAGCUAUUAUGCAUUCUCAAUAGCAAAUAGGCAGUGAACAAGAAAAAGAGAGCAAGAACACAACAUGUAAACCAAACAAUUAAUGAUAAUGUUUUAGUAAAUGUUAAAUAUGUUUAAACAUUUUUGCCUUUAGUACCACUUUAAUAAUUGAUGUAAUAAUGCAAAUCAUUUGGUGCUUCUCCAGAAUUCAUGUUUGAUAAAUAAGCCCUUCUGAUUCCCUUAUGAAACUAAAAUUUGCAUAGAGGAGUAUUUGAAUAGGCGGGGCAUAAUCUCUAUCCCAGGCAUGUUAAGCUCAUCAUUUCUCAUACUCCAUUCCUGCAUCUAGCAGCAGCACUUCUACACCUGAACUCCUAUUCUAUUAUGGUUAAGAGGAACAUUCCAGAAAUCGGAACAUUUUAUGAUGAACUCACCGUUUACUGUUUAUCCUUCUUUGGCUGAAAGGAUUAUAAUCAGUAUGAAACUCUAGUUACAGUCCGCAAUGGAAACAGUGAAAAUGACAGGGCGCAGCAAUGUAAAAGUUGCAGUACGGGUGCGGCCAAUGAAUACAAGUGAAAGACAAAGCCAAUCAAUGUGCAUUGUGAGUAUGAACCAAAAGAAGAUCCUCCUGCAACCAGUCAGCGGAAAUAGAGACAUUUCUGAAGAAGCAAAAGAAUUUUCUUUUGAUCACUGCUUCUGGUCUGUAGAUGACUCAUGCCCUGAUAAUUAUGCAGGACAAGAAGACAUUUUUUUAAACCUUGGACAGGAGAUAGUCGACAACACCUGCCAAGGGUACAACUCUUGUAUAUUUGCUUAUGGACAAACAGGAUCAGGUAAAACCUUCUCAAUGACGGGACCAGAUGAUGACCCAGGCCUGAUCCCGAGGUUUUGCUCUGCCUUAUUUAGAAGAGCAGAGGUCUUACAUAACUUAAAAGUGGAGGUAUCAUUCAUGGAAAUAUACAGAGAGGAGGUGAGAGAUCUUUUACAGUGCAAACAGCCCGUGAAGAAUCUCAGAGUCCGGGAACAUACAGUGACUGGUCCUUAUGUAGAGGGAUUGACCCAACAUACAAUCAGUAACCCUGAUGAUAUAAAUGUUUUGCUGACAGCAGGAAAUAAACAUAGGCUGAUGUCUUCUACUGAUAUGAAUGUGGAAAGUAAUCAAUCACAUGCCAUUUUUACCCUCACCGUAACCCAUUCUUUUCAUCAAGAAUCUGAUCACGAGCUUCUUAGUAAGGUCAUCUUUGUGGAUCUGGCAGGCAGUGAGACGACACAUAAAUCAAACGAUGAGAGAAAUGAUUUGGCUGGAUGUAUGAAUAUAGACCAAUCUCUUACAGCUUUGUGUACUGUCAUUACUUCCCUAGCCGAUAAGUCAAAAGAAAAAAAAGGGCAAUCUGUUGCCAAAUACCACAAUUCUGUGCUCACUUGGCUCCUCAAAAAUAAUCUAGGAGGGAACAGCAAGACUGUUAUGUUAGCAACUAUUAGUCCAACGGAUACAAAUUAUCUGGAGACUGUUUCCACUUUGAAAUACGCAGACAUGGCCAAAAAUAUCGUUAAUUAUGACAUUGUAAAUAAGGACGUCCAACAGAAGGGUGUUCAAAAGUUGCAGGAAGAAAUAAGGAGACUGAAAAAACUGUCCCAGAAAGCUCAGAAGAAGCACACCAAGCAACUGCGGUCAAAACUCACAGAAGCAGAACAUCUCCUUAGAGAAGCUCAAUUAACUUGGGAAGAAAAGCGAAAAAAUACAGCUGCACAGGACAUAUAUAAACAUCUGGAGCAAAUGAUCGGAGAUAAAGACAGAAUCUACCUUAAGCUCAACCCUGAAACUGCCAGUGGCAAUUACUUACAUUUUUUAAAAGGUCACAACAAGAUCGGUUCAGGCGCUUCACAGGAUAUCCAGCUUUUUGGGCCGGGAAUUGAGGAAGAUCAUUGUGUGAUCAUUGUCAAACCAGACGGAGAUGUAGCUCUGAUUCCAAAUGAAAAGGCAGAGAUCACAAUCAAUGAUAAUAAAGUUCUCUCCUGUACCAAAUUAAAUCAUCAGGAUAAAAUUAUACUAGGGAGCAGUAAUAUAUUAAUCUUAAAUCAGUCUAAGAAGAAUCACCCUGACUGUCAUACGCAAAAUAACAAAGAGGCAAAAAUACAAAUAGCACAAGAUAAGAUUAUGGAUCAUGAAUUGAAUGGAAUGGACCAGACUCAACAUCACGGAGCAUUUGGCUGUAACAGCGAAUAUGUUGACAAUAAUUCAGGAAUUCCUCUGUUAAAGGAAGAAAACAUAACAAAUGUUGCAGAUGACAAAUCACAUAGUUCACAAACAACAACCUGGCCGGAAAGUGUUUCAGUUAGAAUUCAAAAAUCACAAAAAGAGUUGAUGGAAAUUCUUCACCUGAAUCUUGAUGAGUUAUUGGAUGCACUCGUCUCAAAACUUCUAAUCACCCGGGAGGACUGCAUUCAUAUACAAAGCGAAAAUGACGGAAUGGAGAAAAUUAAAACAUUAUAUAAGAUUAUUUCACAGAAAGAAGUAGAAAUUUGUGAAAGAUUUCUUCAGCUCUUCGAGAAAGAAAAUCUAAAUAAGAACAGAGAUGAAGAAGGCCAGCCUGAUGUCAAAAAUGAAAAUGAGGCAGGAGACACAGAUGAGAAAAAUCCCUUUGGACAACUCCUGGCAAAAAUGAAAAUGGAAUCCUACCAAUCUGAUAAAUUGUCUUUACGUACAUUUCUUCAGAUUGGACAAGAAUGUUUCAAAACAAUGGGUACCUGCUCCAAUGAAACCUUAGCCUGGAAUUUCAUUCAUAAAAUAAUUGCAUUAAAUGGAACAGCAAGAAACAUAAGCAUAAUCAAUGAAGACAGUAACAAAACAUUUGAUGAUUAUGUGAAUGAUGACUUAGCCUGGGACAGUACAGUUGAAGCCUCUAGUUCAAUCCAUCCUCUAGAUGUUCUCUGUGUCAUCCUCCAUUGUUCAGACCAUUUUUUGCAGCAGGAAAUAUUUACAAAAAUGUCCCUCUGCCAGUUUGCAGUCCCUUUAUUGCUCCCUGAUACUGAUGGUCUGAAUUUCACCUUCAUGUUAUGGGUAAUGAGAGACAUUGUAAAACGCUGGAGACCAGAAUCAUUAUCAGAUACCAAGGGUUUUAGAGAAGAAAACCUGGUCCAAACAAGCAUGCCAACAUUCUCUUUUGUAAGACUGGGGGAAAGUAAACUAUCUAAAUCAAAAACCUUGAAUCAAGUUCUCAGUCCAGCUCAUCUCAACCAUAACUGGUUUGUUCAUGAUAAUAUGGAAGGUGGGAAUGACACUAGGACAGUGUCUGAUGGAUUAGUAGAAAUAACUUGGUAUUUUCCUGCUGGUAGCAGGAGCUCAGAUAUUUUUCCUGAACCCAUUGGAGCUACAAAUUUACGUGGAAACCUUGAGAGUAACAUAAAACAAUUUGACUUUCUAACAAAAAUAUCAGCAGCAGUCUUUAUAUUUAUUCAAACUAUCAACGCAAAUCAGUAUGAAUUAUUGCUGAAGUAUAAAAAUGCAAACACAAACUUUGUCUUUAUUAUAAUACCAAAACAUAACAAACUCGACAAAGACACAAGAGAAUAUCUAAAGACUUUGGUAACAUUGUUAAAUAAAGUAACUGUCUUAGUGUUUGAUAAGGCAACUACUGAAGCUGCUUUUGUGAAAAGGGUUCAAUUUACUCUUAUUAACAUGAUACAAUUACAUUCCGAUUGUCAUACCAUAGAGGAGAUGGCAGAGACGGCAUCUACACUAGGAUUCAGUAUAGAUGAAAAUAGGAAGGAAUGUCAGGCUGCAAAAGCAGAAGCCAAAUUUAUUACAGAAGAGAUCGUGGAUGUGGUUGAAUACAAGAAGGAAACUAUGGAACGGCAAGGAGAGUCUCUGAAAGAACUGGCCAGAUUAGAAAAGGAAAUGUGUCAAAUGAAAAGACAAGGUAAUAAUAGUUCAGAACACUACAAAUCCAAGUUAAUCAAUGAAGUUGAUAUGAUACGGAAACAGCAAUAUCAUUUUGAGGUUAAAUCUGGGAUAAAGCACUUUAUUAAAGCAAUAAAGAACAAAAACUCUGUCGAAAAACAAUAUUUUUUAAAAUGGAUUAGGUUUUACCUCGAUGUAACUGCGAGACAGAACCUCUCGGCAUUGCAAGCAGAGUACAAAAAGAAAUAUAAUACGGCCAGUAAAGAAAUGCUCUCAGCACUGGACAAGAAGAUGUCCGACACUUCACUGGGCAUUGAACAUUUCAUAAGGGAACUGGGACAAAUUUAUGAGGCUGACUAUUUCAUAAUUAAAGAAAUGAAUAAGAGAAAAUUCAAAGAAUUACCAGGAAUUGCAGCUGAUCUUCUAUUAGAUGGGUUCCCACUGGAACUGAUUAAUGGAGAUGCCUCAAAUAUCCCUCUGCAGUGGAUAACAGAUGUUCUUUCUGUGUUGGACAAAAAAACAGGCAAGAAAUGCAAAAUAAGAGCCAUUACAGUCCUUGGAGUACAGAGCACUGGGAAAUCCACACUAUUAAACACCAUGUUUGGGUUACAGUUCCCUGUGGCCAAUGGACGAUGCACUCGAGGAGCCUUCAUGUCCCUUAUUAAAGUGAAAGAAAACUGUCAGAGGGAGCUGGGCUGUGAGUUUAUUCUGGUAAUUGAUACUGAAGGCUUAAAAGCUCCUGAACUGGCUUCCUUGGAUGACAGUUAUGAACAUGACAAUGAGUUGGCUACACUAGUCGUUGGGUUGAGUGAUAUAACUAUAUUUAAUAUGGCCAUGGAAAACACCACUGAAAUGAAAGAUACAUUACAGAUUGUUGUUCAUGCCUUUCUUAGGAUGAAAGAAGUUGGUAAAAAGCCCAACUGCCAGUUUGUCCAUCAGAACGUGAGUGAUGUCUCCGCUCAUGAAAAGAACAUGAGAGACAGAAAACGAUUCCUGGAACAGCUGAAUGAAAUGACUGAAAUUGCCGCAAAAAUGGAGAAAAAAAAUACAAUAAGUAAAUUCUCUGAGAUGAUGGAGUAUGAUUUAGAGAAGCACAACUGGUACAUCCCGGGUUUAUGGCAUGGAGUCCCGCCAAUGGCUCCAGUAAACACUGGCUAUAGCAAUAGCAUUCAUGAACUUAAAAAACAUCUACUUGAAAUUAUGCAGACAGGUAAGGCUGUUACUAUAGCAGAAUAUAUUACAUGGAUAUCAAGUUUGUGGAAUGCUGUAAAACAUGAGAACUUCAUAUUCAGUUUCCGAAACAGUCUAGUAGCCAAAGCCUACAAUAACCUGGCCAAGAAAUAUUCUGAGCUGGAGUGGGAAUUUGAUAAAACAAUGCUUGAAUGGUUGACUAGAACAGAAACAGUGAUCAAAAAUCAAUCCAUAAAUACAGUGGAAGAAAAAGCCAAAGAGUGUAUCAAUGAGGCUUACUAUAUUCUUUCGAAAGAGGAGAAUACAAUGCAGUCUGCACUUGAGGACUAUUUUAACAAAGAAACAGACAUUUUACCUUUGAUAGAGAAAUAUAGAGAGGAUUUUUUUAAUAGUGUAAAACAUCAUAAGAGAAAGCACGAAUCUGUGACAAUCAGCAAGGUUGAAGAGACCGUUGUUGUACAGAAACAGAAACACCAGAUUCAGUGUAUACAAGACAGAUACAUAGAAACCAUUGAAACAAAGGUCAAUUGUCUUCUGGAAGAUUGUAGAAAUAAAAAGCAUCAGCCUACUGAAGUGGAACUAAGUCAAGAGUUUGAGACGAUGUGGAGAAACACCAUUACAGAGUUAAAAAUUAUUCCAUUACAGAGACACAACGUUGAGAGCAAAAUGUUGGAAAUUAUUACUAAAGACAUGAAAACCAGAGGGUCAUCGGUCAAUGAAAAGCUACAAAAACUCAAAAGGCUUCCAAGACCUAAUGAGAAAUCGGAGAGAAACACUUGGUCCAUAGCAAACUCCAUCAUGAAUGUUUUUAAAUAUUUUGUAAAAAAUUCCAGUGACUCUAAAAAUCCUGUUGAAGAAGAUACUUUUUUUAACAGGGUGUUACAAAGGUGUUCUCAGUAUGUUAAAACAAAGGUCACAUGUGAUGCCGACUAUAAUGAUGCAUAUUGCUGGGAAAUUAUGAAGAUAAUCAAUAAUAUGUGUGAGCAGAAUGAUGGCAAGAGCAUGCAGUUACAUGCAGAGUAUGAGUUGAAUUUGAAGCUUUGUGCUUUGGGUUAUGCUGUUGAUCAUUUUCAACAAAUGCAUGAUGCUUUUAUUAGAAAAAAUGACCCUCUUUCCUGUCUCUCAGCUUUAAAACCUGCAUAUUUAGCCACGUUCAAAAACACCUUUCAAGAAAAAGAUGAGAGUUUUAGUAAAGCAAAGCUUUUCUGUAAAUCCUGCAUUAAGCCAGCGGUGGCUGAUCAGAUUAAUAGAAUACUUGGAAUAAGAAUAGUAGAUGAUGUUCUAGCCAAGACUAGCUCCCUGGUGUUCAAAGACAGAACUUUCUUUCAAUACACGGUUCUAAAGAACUUAAUCAAAGAAAAGGAUUUUGAAGAGUACAUACGUUAUACAAAUGAUUAUGAAGAGUUUGCUACAAACUGGAUACAGAAAUACCUUGUAGCUACAUAUGGGAACUUCAACUCAUUGCAAUGCAAGAUUAUCUCUUUUGCCAUACAAAGAAUAAGAGAAAUUCUUAAAGAGCCAGAAAUUCUAGAAUGUAACAGCGUGCUUGAAUUGGUUGAAAGGUUUAGUGCCAAUCUAGAUCAAGAACUGGCACUAAAUCAGAGUGAAAUGAAGGCAAUUGUUUUCAAAAAUACAGCAACUUCUAAAGAAUUUUCUAACUAUAUCUGCAAUUCUCUUAAUGAUACGGAAGAAGAGUUAAGGUCAGAGAUAAAACAUCAAGAUAGUGAAUGUGUGCUUUACAAUUUGACAAUUAAGCCAGAAGAUGUAUUGUUUAAAAAGGUGAUUGGGUGCGGGAAGCAGUGCCCAUUCUGUAAGGUGCCCUGUGAGGCCGGGGCAAGCAAUCACAAGAAACACUUUGCAACUAUACACCGACCCCAGGGGUUAGGAACAUACAGGAACAGUAAAACAAAGAUUCUGGUACAUGAAAUAUGUUCCACCAGUGUAGUAAGCAAUGCACAUUUCAGGAAUUCAGAUACAAAAGAUAAAUGCCAUCCAUACAGAGAUUACUGCACGUAUUACCCAGACUGGGCCAUUCAGCCUGACCCAAGCAUUGAUGCAUCUGACUACUGGAAAUUCAUUCUAAAGGAGUUUAAUACAGAAUUUGCAGAAGUGUAUGAGGCUAAACCAGCUGAAAUACCAGACAACUGGCAAGAAAUAACAGAAGCGCAAGCUCUAGAAAGUCUUAAGAAAACCUUUAACAUGCUCUAAAAAG